GUAGAAAAGGGGCUCAUCAGACGCGUAGUGAUUGUGAAUGCUUCGCACACGUUAAUGAUUACGAUUGUCUUGGCUCAUCCUUGUAGAAGAAAGUGCUACAUUACUUGACAGAAUGCUUGAGGAGGAUAUUGCUGCACUGGUGGUCGACAAUGGCUCCGGUAUGUGCAAGGCUGGUUUUGCAGGGGAUGACGCUCCCCGUGCUGUGUUCCCCUCCAUCGUUGGAAGACCCAGACAUCAGGGUGUGAUGGUGGGCAUGGGGCAGAAAGACAGCUAUGUGGGAGACGAGGCCCAGAGCAAACGGGGCAUCCUCACUCUGAAGUAUCCCAUUGAGCACGGCAUUGUUACGAACUGGGAUGAUAUGGAGAAGAUCUGGCAUCACACCUUCUACAACGAGCUACGUGUUGCCCCAGAGGAGCACCCUGUCCUGCUUACAGAGGCCCCCCUAAAUCCCAAAGCCAACCGGGAGAAGAUGACCCAGAUCAUGUUUGAGACCUUCAACAGCCCCGCCAUGUAUGUAGCCAUCCAGGCUGUGUUGUCUUUGUACGCGUCCGGCCGCACGACUGGAAUCGUGAUGGAUUCCGGGGACGGCGUCAGCCACACUGUGCCGAUCUACGAGGGCUACGCUCUCCCCCACGCCAUCCUGCGUCUGGACCUGGCCGGCCGUGAUCUCACAGACUACCUCAUGAAGAUCAUGACCGAGCGUGGCUACAGCUUCACCACCACGGCUGAGAGGGAAAUCGUGCGGGACAUCAAGGAGAAGCUGAGCUACGUGGCGCUUGACUUUGAGCAGGAGAUGCAGACCUGCGCCUCCAGUUCUGCCAUGGAGAAGAGCUACGAGCUGCCUGAUGGACAGGUCAUCACUAUCGGCAAUGAGCGCUUCCGCUGCCCUGAGACUAUGUUCCAACCGUCCUUCAUUGGAAUGGAAAGCGCUGGAGUUCAUGAGACGACCUACAACUCCAUCAUGAAGUGUGACGUGGACAUCAGGAAAGACUUGUACGCAAACACCGUCCUCUCUGGUGGCACCACAAUGUUUCCUGGGAUUGCUGAUAGAAUGCAGAAGGAAAUCAGUGCUCUAGCACCCCCUACGAUGAAGAUCAAGAUUAUUGCCCCUCCCGAGCGGAAGUACUCUGUUUGGAUCGGCGGCUCCAUCCUGGCCUCUCUCUCCACCUUCCAGCAGAUGUGGAUCUCCAAGCAGGAAUACGAUGAGUCUGGCCCUUCCAUCGUCCACCGCAAAUGUUUCUAAAGCCUUGACCUGACCGUGAACCCGGACUCUCUCAACGUGUCCUGCCUGAUAACUGCCACUUUGCACCGGUCUCCACGUUCAGGAUUAUCUGCCAAUGGGGGUGUGUGUGUGGUCUUUGUUGGUCCCGUGUUUGCUGUUGAAAAGAUUGUUCCUGUACGUCUUGCUUCUUUUGGAUGUCACAUUGCUUGUACAUUGUUUUGUAUAAUGUGUCUGCUUCUGAGCCAUUAAAAGGUAUUCCAUGUGACUAUC